UCUCCAUCCCCCCGAAGAGCAGCACCAUGUGAGCCGGACCCGCUCCACCGACUUUUCGGACACGGCGAGGAUGUAAAGAGCCUCCAAGCCGCCCCUCCCCCGCCCCGGGCCGAAAAGUCACCGUCGCCCAGCCCUGCCCCGGGCCAGCAUGACCGAGGUGAAGGCUAAGGAGCCCCGAGCGCCGGCCAGAGACGGGGCGGUGCUGCUGCAGGGGCAGCCGGGCAGGGACCCGUUCCGCAGGGAAGCGGAGCCUGUCGACAUCUCCCUGGACGGGCUGCUCUACGCCAAGAGCAGCGACGAGGACGACGACGACGAGGAGGAGGAGGAGGAGGAACAGCCGCAGCAUCAGCCGGGGGAGGAGGACCGGGACUCCCUCCCGUACCGGCUGGGGAGCGGCUCCCUCUCGGACAAGGACUCCCUGGACACCGUCCUGGACACCUUCCUGGCUCCCGCGGCUCAUGCCAGCUCCGCCGUGGCCUCUUGGUCCUUCUUCGGGACGGAGGCUCCUUCCGACGCCCCGAUGAGUCGCGUCCCCUCGCAGAAACCGGUCGAAAGCGACGCGGAGGUACCGGGUCCCUCGCAGCCCCCGCCGCGUCCCGCCCCGCUCUGGCCGCACGAAGACUCUAAACCGCGUUCGGGGGGCGGUGGCUGCGCGGAGGGACCCUCCGAGACCCCUAAGGGCGAGAAUCCCGAGCUGCCGGCGGGAGAACCGGGGCAGGAGUACCUGCAUGUGCCCCUGCUGCCGCUCAACUCGGCUUUCCUGGCGUCGCGAACGCGGCAGCUGCUGGACGUGUCGGAGUAUGAGGGAUGCGGCAGCUCCUCGCCCCCCGCCCCGGACCCCGCGGGGUACCUCUACCCGCCGUCCGAAGCCAAGGAAGGCCAAUUCGCCUACGGCGACUUCCAGCCCGCUCUGAAGAUCAAAGAAGAAGGUCUCGCCCUCCCCGCUCCUUACCCAGCCGGUAGGGCCACCCCCGUGGCGGGAUGCGCUGAUUUCCCGCAGCCUUCCCGCGCCGGGCAGGAGCCCUCGCUGGAGUGUGUCCUCUACAAGACGGAGCCCACCCUCCUGGCCGGGGCUUACGGGCCGGCGGCACCCGACAGCCUGCCCUCCACCUCGGCUGCCCCUCCCGGCAUCUAUCCGCCCCUGGGUCUCAACGGGCACCAGCCCCUUGGCUUCCCGGCAGCGAUGCUGAAGGAGGGUUUGCCCCAGCUGUGUCCUCCCUACCUCGGCUACGCUCGGCCAGAUACUGAAACCAGCCAAAGUUCUCAAUUCGCUUUUGAUUCGCUACCCCAGAAGAUUUGUCUCAUCUGUGGCGAUGAGGCUUCUGGUUGCCACUAUGGAGUACUUACCUGUGGAAGUUGUAAAGUCUUCUUUAAAAGGGCGAUGGAAGGGCAGCACAACUAUUUAUGUGCUGGAAGAAAUGACUGUAUAGUCGAUAAAAUUCGUAGGAAGAACUGUCCAGCGUGUCGCUUGAGGAAGUGCUGUCAAGCUGGUAUGGUCCUGGGAGGUAGAAAAUUUAAGAAGUUGAACAAAAUUAAAGUCGUGAGAACAUUAGAUGUUGCACUCCAGCAGCCAGCAACCCUUCAAGAUGAAAGCCAAUCUCUAACCCAAAGGCUAUCCUUUUCUCCAAAUCAAGAAAUACAGUUUGUUCCUCCAAUGAUAAGUGUUCUACGAGGUAUUGAGCCAGAAGUUGUCUAUGCUGGUUAUGACAAUACAAAACCCGAAACACCAAGUUCCUUGCUGACCAGUCUGAAUCAUCUUUGUGAGAGGCAACUUCUUUGUGUAGUCAAGUGGUCUAAAUUGCUACCAGGAUUUCGGAAUUUACAUAUUGAUGAUCAGAUAACCCUCAUCCAGUAUUCCUGGAUGAGUCUAAUGGUUUUUGCAAUGGGAUGGAGAUCAUACAAACAUGUCAGUGGUCAGAUGUUAUAUUUUGCACCAGAUCUGAUUCUAAAUGAACAGAGGAUGAAAGAAUCAUCGUUCUAUUCCCUGUGUCUGUCCAUGUGGCAACUCCCACAGGAAUUUGUCAGACUUCAAGUUAGCCAAGAAGAGUUUCUGUGUAUGAAAGCACUGUUACUGCUCAACACAAUUCCUUUGGAAGGUCUAAGAAGCCAAAGCCAAUUUGAUGAGAUGAGAACGAGUUACAUUAGAGAGCUGGUGAAGGCAAUUGGUUUGCGUCAGAAAGGAGUUGUGGCCAACUCACAGCGUUUCUAUCAGCUUACAAAAUUGAUGGAUUCCAUGCAUGAUCUAGUGAAACAGCUCCAUCUCUUCUGUCUGAACACAUUUCUGCAGUCCCGUGCACUGAGUGUUGAAUUCCCCGAGAUGAUGUCAGAGGUGAUUGCUGCCCAGCUGCCCAAGAUUCUGGCAGGGAUGGUGAAACCUCUUCUCUUUCACAAAAAGUGAAAUGCCUUUUCUCUUAUCAUAGAGAUCAUUUCUGGGUCAUUUUUUUGUUUGUUUAUUUUGGUCAAGAUUUUGCAAUGUCAGGAUUUCAGUAUAUUUGUCAUACUUACUCUGCCUACUGCUUUAUACUUGUAACAUACACAAGCCAUUUAAGCUUGAUGUACAUAUUGUGAGUUCCUGAUUCCUUAACUGCAAAAAUCACAACAGUCAUAAGAAAUGUUUUGUAAACUUGGCUAGGUUGCUUUUUAGAUAUAUGGAUGCAAAUGAAUAGUGUUUUCAUAUUUCUAAGAACAGUUAUCUUAUACAUUUUUCUUACAUAUUACACGCUCCCAAAUGUCUGAUAUGACAUGGUGUAAACUUUAUACUGCAGUACAUUGUGUGCAUGUGUACAUGUGGGCAUGGGCGUAGUACAAAGUUUUGGAGGAAUUAAAAUAAAUAUUGCCCACAUUUUCUCACGGAUAUUUCACUUUUUAUUAACUAAUCUGCCUCACAGACAUAUCCUGUCAAAGUCAGCUGUCUGGGAUUAAGUAGAUAUCACUGCAAUACCUUCAUGAGAACUAAAAUGGUAGCCACAAAAGAUACAUUUAUGUUCUUGUCUGUGCUCAAAUUGCAUUGAAACUCUGAAUUGAAUGUGCUGAACUGUACUGCAGUAAUCAGUGCAGCUCUCCUUCAAAAAUCAGAAAGCUUAGAAACAUUUCAGUGUAUAUUGCACCAGAAGUAACAUGUGUACAAAGCCACUCAGCUUUGGUUUGCUCUUAAAAAGUUCAGCACUUACUACAGAGAAAUCAAUUAGCUAUAAUCUUAAAUUCAUCAAUUUUAAAAUUCUGUAUUUCAGAAGCUUUAAAUGGAAAUGUUUCCACUGACUACAACUCUUAAUAAUCUUACUGUUUUGAAUUCCAGUGUUGAGUACUCAAAAAACCAUUAACAUCAAAUUACAGGAAGAUUAAAUGCAAAAAAAGAAAUGGAAAAUAUGUCUGUAAACAUUUUUAUACACAUCCAACUCAUUUCAAUACUGUUUAGUGGAGCUACAUAUUUCAUAUUUGAAGGCAUGCCAUUAUAAUUGAGGUAACUGUAAAAGAGAAACUGAAUUAAAUUAGCUUUAUACUUCCAAGAAGAAUGUCAUGUUUUACCAUGGAAAUGAAAUAUUUGACUGAAAAAUUAUAAUGUGAUGGUGUUUGUUGCAUUGAUAUGGAUAUGAAGUAACUCAUGCAUUUAAGGAAGUAAAUUAUUGAUAUAUUCAAUCAACAGAAAAACAGAUAAAGCUCAAGAAGAAUUUAUGAGUCUAUUAAAAUACAGUAAAUUUUGCCAGUCACUAAAAAUGAUACCCAAAUUCUCUAACAAUGUCUGAAAUGGUGAGUUGUACUUGGGUACUUGCUGGCCGUAUGCUUUUGUUCUUCCCCAUUACAAUUUGGAUGCAUCCAUCAUGUGACAGCAUAUCAUUGAUGGUGUGUAACUCAGUCUGUACCCUUGUCACAUGACCAAAGGCUCUAUGGACAUAAGUCCAGUGUCUCAGAUUUAAUUGGGGGUCCCCUCGUUAAAAGAAGAAGUGAUGUUAUUUGUUCAUAAAAAUUACACCCUGAUUCUUAAACAAAACUGUGGACAACUAACAACUGAAGGUACAUUUAAAGGUAUCAUUACUAUUUAUCAUUUCCUAAAGCAAAUCAAGAAGCAGUUACUUUACUGCUGGGGAUAAAAUCAUUUUUGAGAUUCCCAUGUAGUACAACCUCAUGGGAGUUGGUGCAAAGAUGUGGCCCUUGAUAAAGUGGUAUAAGUAGACUUUUGUGUUAAUUGACUAGGUUUGUCAUUUCUAACUUCCCAGACAAAAUUUCUUUCGUAUUCAAUACAGUUUGACCUUUAACUGUGAUCCUUAAAGCAAUUAUGUUUUAAUAAAUAACACAAAAUUCUUUAUUUCUACAUAUUGAAGCUUUGUUUUCUUUAGUUUUCUUUCUAUCUGCAUUACCUAAUUGUGGAGCUUAGUAAAAAAGUCCAUUUCAACCUUUCCACUUCUGUGUAACAACAGUAUUUUCAUGCAUUCUUUGGGAAUUUAGGCUUUGCCAUGUGAUUUACCAUUGAAUAAACAGAAUGUCUAUGUUACUGUUUAGAUCAAACUGUUAACAGAAACUUCCCACACUAAAAAAUAUUCUUUGACACCCUAAUUCUGAAACUGGAAAACAAGGCAGGCUUAGGAAUGUCCUGGACUAGCCUACAUCUGCCUUUUACUUAGUCUCUAAGAUUUGUUCCAAGUGACUGCCGUGUCACUGUGUCCUCUAAAUGUGGCAGGUUAGCCUGAAAUGCUCUAUAUUUGUUUUGAAGGCAUAAUUAAAAAGGAAGAAAAGAUGUCUUUUGGGAAUAAAUAGCAAAGGUUAAAAACAUUUUCAAAUUGUAUUUCUUAAGGAUCUUGUAACUCACAGAAAAACAUUCCCAGAAGUUCGUGGUCAUGGUGAAUGCACUACAUAAGACAGAACAUGUUUGCCAAAGUGCGACUGCUGGAAGAAUUUGAAAGUCCUGUAUUCAUUACUUGAUUGUGUGAGAUUAGAAAAGAAUGUUUUGAGAUCUUCCAGCUUUAAGCCCAGAUUAUAAAACUGCCUUUAGUCUCCGUUUUGAUACCAUCAUUUGCUCUGGAUUACACAGACACUGUGAACAGUGAUCAAAACACAAGAUUGUUUCUUUCCCUACAGAAAUCUCAUGUACUGUGACUUUUCGACGCUGCAGCAAUGUCUGGCAGGCUAUCAGCAAGCUUGGGCUUUUUUUGAGAUUUUUAGAGAGCAAAAGUCUUUUUAGUUGUCUGUAUUUCUCUGCGUAUUUAUUUAAAGAUUAAGGUAUUUUUUGAUCUAAGCUUUACAAAUUGUUCUAAAAAACCCAACUUGCAGUGGAGGCAUAAUAAUGCUGCAUUUUCUUAUGCUGCAUUUUGUAUGCUAGAAAUAAGAGGUUUCAGCAGAUGGAUUUUUUUGUUCUCUGGCAUUUCUGAUGUGCCUGAUUACAUUUUAAAGGUGUGAGACCUGUUGUACCAAUUAGAAAGUUUGCCAUCUUUCACAGAUUGCAGGCAUCAUUUAUUUUAGUCUGAGACAUCGGAUUUUUUUAAUCUUUACACUAAGUGAUGCAAGCUAUGCCUGAAGCUCAGCCUCUCCUAUUCUUGUACAGUGUAGAUAUCUUUGACCCAUGGCCUUCAGCAGUGCCUUCUGCCAGUACUUCAGUGAAGCAAACAAAGAAAACCACUUCCUUUGGACUCUGCUGCUGCUAUUCAGAUUUGUAGAGGUGUCACCACUUUUUUUCUUGGCUGAAGUGCCUGACUAUGGCAGCCUGGCUCUGUUCGGAGAGCUGUGACAAUGCAAUGCAGAGCAGAGGUGACCCGGCAAGGAGUCCUGCUCUUUCACACCAAUCUGCUUUGCACUUAUACCUGCUGUGACUGAAGAAACACAAGAGGUCAAACACUUGGCUCAUGUUUUCAAAGAUCUUAGCUGAGUCAAAACUUUUGACCAGUCUUUAGGGAAGGGAGAGUGUGGGUUCAAUAAAACCUGGUCUGUGACAGAAGGAAAUGCCUGCGAAACUUCCAAUCAAUUUGAUGGCACUUUGGAAUGGUCCAGUUUUAUGUGUUCAUAAUAAACUGAAGCUUAGAUAUUUCUGAACUCCACGUUCUCCUCCAACUGCACUGCAGUUAUGUUUUAUUGUGUCAUAUCCUUAACAAGGAAGCUGAGAGUUCCAUUUGUAUUUUCUGAAUCAAUGCUUCAUUAGUACCAUGGUUCUUUUCUCUUUUGUUCUUUUAAAGUAUAGUAAUAUGUCUCUCUCAGUUCUCAUUUUGGGAAAGUCAGCUGCUUCACUGUGUUCCUAUCUAAAAAUAUUUAUUUCAUUUAUCAGUGUCAUAAUGGUAGCAUGAUCAGUAACAUCUGCAGGGAUGCUUCCUUCCUAUACUCUCCUACCUGCACAAACUUAAGGUUAGUUUAUCCUCAGAGGAGGAGAGGAUGGGCCUGCGCUCUACCCAUGCAAGGGUUCCAGUACACAUGCCUUGCCUGACGUGCUGUUUGUGGCACGCUGACCUUUCUUUCUUUCCAGUAAGUCAGUUUGCAGCCACAGAGUUGACAUCCAAAGCCCUCCCAACUUUCCAUGGCUCGAGAGCCUGUGUGCAUACUGCCAGGCUAGACUGUCAGCAUUGCUGGAUUUAUUGGUUUGUACGGCUUUGGGUCAUGAUGACCUAACUUGAACAGAGGGUUUGUUGUUAAUUUAGCUCUCCUUUCCCCCAUACAAGAUGAAAAGGAAAAAAAAAAAGUCAUACUUUAGGUGGGUUUUUUUUGAAAUUUAUGGGGGAAUGUGGAUUUUUUUUUUUUUCAAUGAAUGCUAUUAAUUUAUUAGAUUGACGUUAUUUGAAUGGAGAAUGGUAUUUUUCAGAUGCUUGGACAGAAACAUGCAGUAAAAGAUGACAGCAUGGAUAAUAGUAGCUAAGUUAAAAUUUAGCUGGCUAUUCACCUUAAGGAGAAAAUAAUCCUCAGAAAAUAAUCCUUCAGUGCUGUUGGAACUGAUGCAGUAGUUGCAUAACUUCAAGUACCUGAGCAGGCUGCUCCCUUCAUGUAUUUUUUUUUGCUCACAUUUAGACAUUUUUAUUGCUGGAUUUGUCCCAGAGUUCUCUGUACAAAGUAUUUACACAAUAUAAACUCUAUCAAAGAGUGGUGAAGUUUAAUUUAACUCUUCUUUAUCAUUUAAAAACGGCAACAUUUCAGUUUCUUGCCUGUGUGAGGUGUGCUCGUUAUAAAAAUACCAUCACAAGACUUUUAGCCAUAGAUCAUGUUUUUCUGACCGUGAAAACUAAAUGACCUUUUCACAUCUACAGAUACAAUAGUUCCACCAGUUUAGCAUUCAGGCAUAUCAGUGAGGAAGUUCUCACAGUGUCAUUUAAGUAGUUUCACUCUAUUGCAUUUUCCCACAGCUCAAUUUAAAUAUUUUUGCUGUGUUGAGGAAGAAGAAAUACAUAAUUUACAGGAGUCCAGAGCUCUAGAUCAGUGGACUCCAUGGCUUGUAUACUUUCAAACAAGGGGCUAGAUCAGUGAAAUUAAUCUAGUGGGCAAAAUAAAUAACUUUACCAUCAAAUCAGAAAUAACCGGCAGGCCAAUACCUUUGUGUUAUACAGGAGAGACUUUCAUGAACACCACCUUAAGUUGCUUAUUCCAUGAUGUGCAGUUUUCACGUAUGCCUUUUUUUCGCAUACUGGAUAAAAAUAGAUUAAUGCUUUUACACUUCAUACUCUGUAUUGUUGGUUCAUGUCCAGUCUGAGACUCUAAUCUGCAAUGCCUCCAGUUCAGAACAAUGUUCUCAUUAGAGAACUGUGCAAAAAAAUGGAUUUACUCCAGAAAGUCCAGUGUGGCUGUAAGGGGUUUGAAUAAGGAAAGCACCAAACAGACAUAAACAUGGCAUUGCUCAUUCAGAAAGGUGUUUAAAUGAUUUUACUUAUAGUACUUGGAAAAGAAACCCCCAACCAUCUGCAAUCACUAUGCAAUUUUACAAGUAAAUUUUGUUUCAGAGGAGUGUAUGAUUAUAUAAUACAGUGCCUGAAUAAGGCUGAUUGUAUACUAAAAUUUAAUAGGAUCUCUAGUUCCUCUCCAAAAACAGGAAGCUCCAAGAAGUCUUCUAUAAUUUUUGAAAACUAUAAAUCUGUACACUUUAUAAACUCCCCAAAAUGGACACUUCUAUUGAAAAGGCAGUUGAUUAGAGCUGUUACCAAACAUAUCUAAAAGUAAAGUUGAAGCCAUCAGUACAAAUAAUAGUGUUUAACACAGUACUUUCUCCGACAACUAUUUAACACUGGGCAUACAUAGCUGAAAUACUUAGUUUAAGAUCACAAACGUGUAGUGUAAUGGAAACACAGUCAUAGCUGCACCCCUGCCUCCAACUUAAGGCAUUGUCUAAGAGAUUGCGUGUGUAUAUAGACACAUUAUAUAUUCUUUGUAUAAAUAAAUGCAUUUAUAAAAAUAUCAUCAUAAUUCACUUUGUGCAUCAUUAUGAAUCUAAAGCAGUUUGAGUGAAAUGAGUUUUCAUCUGUACCUCAGAGAAGUUAGGAUUGCAACUUCAACUUCCAGUGAAGGGACUGAAAUGUCAGACUAGUGGGUGGCAGCGUGUUCCAAGCAGGCACCUCCCUUCGGCUGGAAAUACGUGGAGGAGACGUAUCUGAAAUGUGGUAUUGCCCUUUCAGAAUAGGGACAAGGAUGUCUACAGAGCAAUUAAUGUGUUCCCAACCAUUUUCCCAGCCACCAGCGACAUUCGUAACAGUAAAACGUGGAUUUUGCUGGUCCAUGUAAGCAUGCUCUUUUAUAGACAAAGUACAACACGCUUGACAAAAAUGGUACACUAUUGCAUGGAAGAAAUGUGACAGUAGAAUCUGAUAAAUGCCCAAGGAGUAAGGGUGUGGCGGCUGUGGGUUGGGGUCUAUCACGAUGACUUUAUGCACAAGAUGAGAAUUAUCCUCUUUUGGGACUGUCAUCAAUGCACAUGAAGGGCUGACCAGUUGAGGAUGGCAGGGCUGUUUACUUAAAAAUUUAAUUGGAAGGUUUGUAUCCAAAAGCUCAGCUUACAACAUAGCCAUCUUUUGUGCACUGGCUGAUUCACUUAAGAGGAAUUUUACACAAAAUUAUUGGCAUUGGGUUUGCUGUUAUGUGCAGUUUAGAGUGCUGGCUACAGCCUGCUUAUAUUUUACAAGGAGACAGAAGCCACUGUCCUUUCUUAAGCUGUGUAAUACAGGUCAAGUUUCUAGUUGUCUUCUCACAAAUCAAGGUUAUAAAAAUAUGACAUUAAAAAAGAAAUCCAAACCCUGAAAAUAUUACUUUAGGAAGAUUCUAGUUUAAAGUAUCCUUAAAGCCUUUCCUGAAGACAGACAUUAAUUUUAAGAAAAACUACAUUAUAGAGAAGAGCACAACAUAAUGGACUCUUGCAAUACAUGAUCUCUUGCAGGUUCUGAAUUUCACUCACACUCUAGAUCCCAGUUCCCACAUUUAUAAAAUGUUUUUUCCUUUCUGCCCUCAAUAUACUUUCUUUCCCACGGAUUACUUGGAUAUGUAAUGCAUGAGCACUUUGUAGAGGUUUUGUAAUCCUAGAUGGAAAAUUCUAUAGAAAGCCAAACAAUCCUUACCUUUGAGACAUAUUUGGACUGGUGUUCAUGUUUCUCUGUUCAUUCAAGAGUAUGAUGGCCACAAAUUACUGUUUGUUGCAUUGUUUUUCUCUUUUUUUUUUUAAAAAAGGAGAAACUUGUAUAAGAUUUCUGUAUUUUCCAGUGAAGAGGAACUUGCAUUUAUAUAUUUGUACACCUGAAAUAAUAGCUUUCAAGUAUUUUUGUAAAGGUGUUGUCUAGCUACU